AGAAAUAAAACCCCUCCUUUUACAAUUUUGCCCCUCCUUUGCACUUGGUGUGUCAAUCACUUUCAGAUAAUAGCGUUUUCUCUCUCCUGUAAAACAGAACAAAAUCCAGAAGGAAUUGAAGAUUUCUACAGAUUUAAUUUUGGAGGGUUUUUAAAUUUGGAUGCAACACAAUAAUGACAAACAAGCCAGUGGAGGCUUUCCACCUCUUGGACCAAUUACAGUGUAUUUUGGAUCGCGACCCUCUUAUUGAUGAGUUGGGAUUUAUUCAUCCAUCCCAGCUAAUGAUGCUCAAUGAAGGGGAAGAUGCUGCCAUUCUUACUUCUAAGGAUUACAAAGUAGAUGCAAAACUGGGUUCUGAACCUUUAGAUGCUAGUGAAGUGGAGGGAAAAAAUGAUUUUUUCUGGAGUAGAGAGCACAAGUUGGGAAUAUCCACUGAGCACCUUCUUCCAUUGUAUAAAGCAGCAAAGCAGCGGUUCAUGGAUGCAUAUGCAAAUUAUAAAAAGAAUUCCAGUUGUUCUUUGAAGAAUGAGGAUGCGCCUAGCAGUUGCAUCUUAUCUGAGAUUGAGGAUGCAGUCAUGAAGCACAGCAAGGUUCUUUUGUUGUUGAGUAGUGACUUUGGGACUGCAUGGAAUGCAAGGAAGCUCAUUAUAUCAAAGAGAGAAGAAUUCUCGAUUUCAGACGAACUUCUCGUAUCCUCUUUGGUUCUUUCUCUUGCUCCUAAAUCCGAAAGUGCUUGGAACUAUAGGAGAUGGGUUAUCAAGAGAAUUGCUGGAAGAUGUCCAAAUCUGGAGCUGAUUUUGGCAAAAGAAUCUGAGCUUGUUGAGAAAAUAGCAGAGAAGUCAAAAAUGAACUACCGUGCUUGGAAUCACAGAUGUUGGUUAAUUUCUUAUAUGACUAGUGAACAGGCUCUUUGUGAAUUGAACACCAACAGAAAAUGGGCUGCGUUGAAUGUAGCUGAUAAUAGCUGCUUUCAUUAUCGACGGAAGCUAAUGCUGCGGAUGUUUGGGGAUGUGAGUCAUGGGAUAGCUGUUGAUACAUGUAUUACACAGGAGUCGCUUAAACAACUAUGGAAAGAUGAACUGGAUUGGAACGAAGUGCUAAUCAGACGUUAUAUUGGGCGAGAGGCCUUGUGGCUCCAUCGCCGGUUUUUAUCUGUAUAUUGGGUGAAACAUUUUGGAACUGAUCAACCUGACAUCUCACGGCACCCCAACGAGAAGAGCAUUGAAAGUGACUAUGUAUCUGUCUUUAUCGACAACGAAGUCGGUCUUCUGCGAGAUUGCUUGAAUCUUCCAGAGAGCAUGUUUGAGGAUGUUCAAUCACAAAUCAUUCAUUCUGCUUUCUACAUUUUGUGGCUAAACAGGGAACUUCUCUGUCCUACGAUUAUUAAUCUCAACCAGAAGCUUGAAACAGGUGAUUUGAGGACAUUGUUAAACAAGCUGUGCCCUGAAAAGAUUACUGUUUGGGAUUGUUUGUUGCGCGAACAUUCUUUGCAGGACUCUACAUCUUUGUGAGAGGAUUCCCUCCAUUUACUGACUUGAAAGAGAUGAUGAAUUUGGAAUGAUAGUUAAUUGUUAAACAGUCACAUCGAAUCCGAAAGUUUGUUGUGUUUUAGGCUACUUUAUUAGAAGUGUCAUAAUCAUAUUAAUAAUAACCAGCCAAUAAACAAAGCUUCAUUUUGUUACAGCAAGAACACAAUACUCAUUUGCAAUUAUUGUUAAAAAAUUCCUCAUCA